AUGGCAUACAGCGCAUCAGAUCCGCGAGUGGCUCGCAUAUUUUCUCUCUUUUUCUACCUUCAAAUACUCACCUCCACUAUCGGUAGCGUUACUGGAUUCAAACUGCCUUCGUUUCUGAACAGUCAAGCACCAGCUGGCCUCAGAUUUCCGGAUGUUGAUAAAUUUUCAGACGUUGACUCCCAAAUUUCAAUUGAUCUUCCACUAUUACUCCAUACAAAUCCCGCUCAAGAGAAUGUUUUCUUCUCUAAGGCUCUGCAUUUACUAGACUCGAUGCAGCACGCACCAUCCUGCAACCAGCGUGCUGCGACAAGUUUGAUUACAUCUUGUCAAACCUUGUCACCUGAGACAAGUGAGAGAAGACAUCACACUCACUCUGACUUGGACUAUGUCAAAUCGUUAUAUGCUGCUCAAUUAGCAGUAUGCGAGAUAACUGGGACCGGAGCCGCGAUACCCGAGAAAUGCUUAGACACAUUUCCUUCUCAUGACGGCCGGAGACCCCAGUACCAGGACAGUUCUCAAGGAUCUCAAGUCGUAGAAGAGGAAAGGAUUAUCCCAGCGGCAGUAUUAGAGCCAUGUCUCAGAUCCCUGGAGUCAAAACCACAGUGGUGGACAAGUUAUAGCAACAGCCGUCAAAAUGCUGCGGUGAUGUGCCAUGCCGCUCGCUUUGACAUUGAGAAGGAAGAACUUCUUAAUCAUUAUAGAAGCCUAACUGAAGUUACUUCUGGAUUAAACAUGCACUUGAACCGAUCUCUGGAAAGUUCUUAUACCCAAGCUCAACAGUAUCGUGAAUUUAUAAGGAGUAUUGAUACCCUACGGCAAAAUCUACUACGUGAUCUACGUAGAGAUAGCAACAGAAUUCAAAGCCAAGUUACGGAACUCCUAUCAGGUGUCAGGGAUAUGUUUCGUAAUGCAAAUGGAGAAUUCCGGGGAUUUUUUGAAACCACUCUGACAGAGACUGCUACUCUCGCUAAGCAAAUUAAGUUGUCCAUUCUCUCGGCUCAAGAAGUAAGAAGAGUUCUGAACGAGGCACUUGUCAAAGAAGUGAAGCGAAACUCAGACUUAGUUUCCGCAGAGCAGACUGCUCUCCAGGCAAAUGCUCGUCUUAUUACCGAUAUUCAAGGCUCACUCACUGAGGUAAAGCAGGCUGGAAUGGGUAUCGUGGUGGAAGAAUUGAAUCAUCUCCACACAUCGAUGCGUUCAUUGAGUGAAAUAGUGUCUAGUGUGAGCCAAACGCACGCUUCCCUUGAUGAUCGUGUGAAACAUUUUGAUGCAGCGCUUAGCCACUUUGAAGAGAAAGCUGCGUUUCUUCAAAACGUGAUGGCUACGCAGAUACUAAACCAAACUCGACUCCAGCAAUCUUUCCAUGAAGACCUUCGUACAGCUCAAACACUUUUACACAAUAUCACAAACUCUGCUAUAUAUCUACAGGCUACGAUCGGAGAUGCCCAAUCUACCUUCAAUACACUUAUUCCGUGGAAAGGACCACUGAUAUCUAUAAUAUGGUGGCUGUGGUUUGCCACAGUAUUUGGCAUCCUGACUCUAUUCAAAACGAAACUUAUGGUAUAUGCUAUCUCUUUUUCCAUGUUCGGAGCGGUGCUUUCCAUGUCAGGAGGUCUUAACUGGCUUCAGACCAUUCAAAUACAUACUCUCAUCACCCUACACCAAGUGACGCCCGUCGAGAUAAUUUGCUUUGCCCUGGGAUUUGUCAUUAUUGCUCUUACCAUCAUUAUUAUGGCUAUCAAAGUGUUCCCUUUUAAGUUAAAACUCGGACUGAAUUUGAAUCCGGAAGCAAUGAGGCUUCCUUAG